AUGAGAGUUUCAACCCUUUCAACCCUUUCAGGUCUUCUCCUGGCACUGCCGGGUGUCCUGGGACACGCUCCAAAGGCACCCAGCGCGGCCGAAAUGAGCUACUCGGACUCGGACCUGUUUCUGGGCUCCGGAUUCAACCAAGAGGUGGUCGACAUCAAGUUGGCCGAUUGCCCCGUGGUGCAAUACAUGAAUCAACAACACGACGCCGAUCACGCCGACGACACCGAGUCGUUGAUCCACCGGCUGUUUGAAAUUCUCUUCCCGUUUGAUUCCGCCGCCUACAACGCCAUUCUGGCCACCACCUACAUUUCGGGACCCCCCAAUCUGCUGCUGGCGCUCAUUCCCCCGGACAUUCGGCCCUCCAGUCUCAAGGUGAUGGUGGCGUUUGCGGUUGGCGGUCUCUUGGGUGACGUUUUUCUACAUCUAUUGCCGCAGGUGUUUUUCGGAGAGGAGGGCGGCGCGGGGCUGCGGUUUGUUCCCGUUGACGAGAAACGCAACAUUGUGCUCGGGUUUGGCAUUUUUGUGGGUUUUAUGAGUUUUAUUGUCAUGGACAAAUUCAUCAGAAUGUUGGGCGGUGGACAUGACCAUAGUCACGGGAGUGGACAUGACCAUGCCCAUAGUCACGGUGACAGCCACGUGACUGACCCAGUCCCCACAGGCAGCGCUCAGACUACCUCGGCCACCCCUUCCCAGACCACGGCCGUCAAACGGGGCGAAAAGGCGGCGGAGACUGGUCACGUGACGGCUGAAACUGGCCGCGUGACUUCUACCUCUGUCGAUGCCGACGCCGACGCCGACGCCGAUUCCUCUUCCUCCUCCUCCUCCUCCCCGGCUUACUCAUCUUCUGUAUGGCUCAACAUGAUUGCAGACUUUACCCAUAACAUCACCGACGGAAUUGCGUUGUCUGCGUCCUUCUACAUUUCCAAAUCCGUCGGAGCAACCACGUUUCUGGCCGUCUUUUUCCACGAAAUUCCCCACGAGGUUGGCGACUUUGCCCUACUGAUUCAGGGCGGCUUUUCCAAGACUCGGGCAAUGCAGGCGCAGUUUCUGACGGCGGUUGGCGCGUACAUGGGUACGUUUCUGGGCAUUGCACUCAACGAAUGGGGCUCGGGAGCCGGUGCCGACGGGCUGGGUCACGUGAGCACGCUGCUGGGCACCUCAGUGACCUGGGGCGAUUUGGCCCUGCCUUUUACCGCCGGUUCUUUUCUGUAUAUUGGCACUGUGGGAGUUGUUCCUGAGUUGUUAGAGGAGGAUGAAGAGGAACAGGCCCAGGGAAUUGGCAAGAAGCUGGUGGAUUUUGCCAUUCAGUUGGUCGCCAUGUUGGUUGGUAUUGGAAUUAUGUUUGUGAUUAGUUGGAAUGAGUAA